AUUAUUAUUGUGUUGUGUUGUUUAAAACAAAUGAAUAGCGGGCGCUUUUCCUAAAAUGAUUUUCUGAAAAGUUGGGCUUUUUUCUAAAAACGCAGGCUUGAUAAUACAAAAAAUAAACUCAGUAGGAAUCUAUACUUUUUACCAUUCUACACCAAUAUCAUUGCAAAUGACAUGAAAUAGUAAUGGAGAGUAAUCAAGCUAUAGACCACGAUUUACAUGAAACCAACCUGCUACAUGUUUUAAAAGAAUUGGCAGAACAUGCCGAAGAAAUCAAACAAAACAAUGAGAGCUUCAUAAGUACCAUCCUCCAGCUACAGGAGGAAUGUGAGGGCUUGAGGCAGAAGCUGGAGCAAGAGAAAAACAAGGCACAGUCCCAGAAUGUAACGCACACUAAUCUUAUAAACAGUCUGAAAAACAAAAUAAAAUCACUCAAGCAACAGCUGAAAUCAGCCGAGGAAGUAAGCAGAGUUGCACUCGAGGAGAAUAACAGAUACAAGUUCCUUUUGGACAACCAAGGUAGCAAUGAUGGUUGUGUGAUACAAAAGUGCGGGAGGUUUGAAAUAAAGAAAAGGCUUCUGGAAUGCACUCGCUGCCAUGAGACCUUCAACUCCCCUUCAGAAAUGGAUAAGUCUGUUUGCUGCUAUCACCCCAAAACACCAGUCAAAUCUGUCUCGGAAGAUGGGAAAAGUUUUUUCUGGAGGUGCUGCUCCUGUACUACCACACACAACAGGAUACCACCUGGCUGCCAGCAAGGGAAACAUACCAUCUCUAGCAAGCGUUCCAGAAUGGAGGAAUGAUCAGCUGUUAUCACAGAUUGGAAAUAAUUCAUAACACCAAAAUGAAAUGAAUAACCAAUGUCAAAUUUUCUACUACUACAACACAUCAAAACUUUGUGAAGAAAAAUGUGUGCAAUUUUGAAAGUUUUCAUUUUAAUUUAUUUUAAAUUAAAAGUGAAGAUCAAAAUAUACUUAAAAAUGCCAAUUUGAAAAAUAUUGUUCAAAACACGGUUAUUGCAAUACACAAUGAUUCAUGCCAGUUUCUCAACCUGUUUAAGUUGCAGCCCCUAUUGUAUAGCAAUUUGCUAGCUGACCAGCUACCAUAGCAUAUAGGUAAUUAUAAGGGCAUUUUAAGAGCAACAAAAACUCAGCCCACAUUUUAUAAUAUGCAGUGACAAUUUCAGCAUAUUUAAAGGGCAUUUUUAAGAGUAAAGGAAAUUCUGUAAACAGAUUUUUUUACUAGUAUUAAUUGUAUGUAGUAUGAGUGUAAACCUUUUAAUUUGUUUGUCCCUUUUUUUUUGCAUUUAAUCAAAAUCAGUUCUUGUCAGUUCUGUGUUUUUAAGUGACUAAUUAGUUUACUCACCGAGUGUGUAAUUGUAAUUAGUUUUUUAAAAUCUUGAUGUACAUAUCCAAAAGUUAGAAUUAAGAUUUUAUAUAAAAGAUAUGUAAAAUAGUCUACCAUUUUUUUUAAUAAACUUGUUCAUUAAAAGAAUUUUAAUUGCAAUAUUUUGCAUGUACUUUUCUUUAAGCUCUUAUGUCGCUCUUUCUAGUGGUGUGUAAUUCAAAAAUGUUAAAAAUACAAAGUACAAGAUUUUUAAAAUUUACUUAUGUUAAAGUCUCUUCUCAACCACUCAACAGUUCUAAAGAUGUUAACCGUAACAAUGGUUUUGUAUCCAUAAUAGUAAGACACAAGAGACUAAAUAAGCUACAAAAUCAAACUAAGCAGUGAAAACAUAAAAACCAUAAUCAAAUUUUAAAAAAUAAAGAUGUGUAAACAACAAUAACAAACAUUAACAACACUGUGCUACUGACAUUUUGAAUCUUUUUAAAUUAAACACAUUUUUUUCACCUUGGG